AUAAAUAAAAACUAAGUAAUGUAAUUGUAGUUUGUGCGGCCUUGAUUUUGUUCGUCUGGCGCUCAUAUUUUUUAAACACGAAAAACUAGAAAAUGGCAGAUUUACUCGGCAGUAUUUUGGGAUCUAUGGAGAAACCCCCAUCUGUUGGGGACAAAGAGAAAAAACAGGCACAAGAGAGAAAGAAACGAUUGGAGAAGCUUCAAACAGAAGACAAAAAGAAGAAAAACGAGUUCCGAGAAAAGAUUGAGAAGGAGAUUAACAAGUUCAUCAAUGACGGCAGCAGGACCAGACUCAGAUAUGAACCCAUGGAAAGAAUAUUAAGGUCUAUUGUUCAUGAUGUUGCUGAGGUGGCAGGUCUGACGUCAUUUUCAUUUGGUGAAACAGAUGACAAUAGGUUCAUUAUUCUAUUCAAAAAGGAAUAUGCACCAACAGAUGAUGAACUCGAUGCAUAUCGGCGAGGAGAGACGUGGGAUGCAGAAAAAGCAAAAGAACUUGCCCGACAAAAGUUAUUAGCAGAAGAAGAUGAAAGGCGUCACCAGGCCAGCAAUCCCCAAGACUUCACUCCUGCCUCCAACUACAGGGACAAAUACAAGGAUAUCAUCGGCGAGGAGAGUGCUAAGGAAGGGGCCAAGAACCUUACACCUAAUAAGCAGUUUGGAAACGUUCCUAGCGAGAACAAAAUGGACAAGCGAUCGGUUGAGGAGACCCUAGAUGCCAUCCGACAGAAGAAGAAGCAGAAGACUGGACAGCCAUCCACAGAUCCAGCAUCCACUAGCCAAGACAGAUGACCCGCUGAACGCAUCCACUCCAUCCACCUGCUAUCAACUUAACUGCAGGUGUGUCAUAUCCAAUUUCUGUUGAAAUUGUUAAGUUGCUUACAAAUGUUGCUGAGCUGGUUGUCAGAUCAGACAAGUCUGAUUGGGGCUAAAACUGCUGAAGUACAUGUAGUCGGAAUUGCUCCUUUAUUCACUAAACAGCCUAUCAGUGUUGGACAAAUUGGUUGAUUUUGAAUACAGCUCCUUUAUCAAGUUUGGUUCAUUAUAGUACAUUUUUAAAACCAUUUGUGGGCCAAUAAAUGAUAUGCUUCUAAGAGCAAGUUCAAGCAACGACUGUAGUUCGACCAACUUCACUUGAACACGGAAUGGCUGACCUGCUCUAGUAGCCCAGCCAUCCUGCUGGUUAUCAUUAGCCGCCAGCAUUGUAAAGCAGAGCAGAAAGUCAGGACCAAGAAGUUUUGUGAUGAUAUUUUGACUGGAGACGUUUGGACGUUGCUAUUAGUGCGCAGGCGUAAGUCAUGUCGCAAAUAAACCACUAGACAACUAAUGGUCCUCGCCCCAAUUUGCUUUAAGCUAACCUCCUGUAAGGUCUUGGCUUACUUGCAGAGCGCCCUCAAUUGUCUACAAAGAGAAUGGCAAAAUGGCAACUUUGACCUAGAUCUCAACUGAAACAUCGGUCACAGCUAGUCACAAAAUCUUUUCCCCAGAAUUUAUUAUCGGAGAAACCCCGUCUAAUAACGAACCCACAUAAAAUGUUUGGAAAUUAACAUCAUACAUUGGAGUGUACUGAAAGCGGGCUUAACAGGGAUCGUGGCUUUUUGUCACACUACACCACUAGCUUUUGUUUAGACUACAUAAAGCUUGCAUGAUGAUGCCCCUCUUCAUAGCAUCUGAUGAAGUAGUUGUAGCUAUGAAAGCUUAUGCAAACAUAUAUUCUUGUUAGUCAUUUUAAGUGCUACCGUACUUUUCCACGUGUUUCUGCCUGACUAACAGGGCUGCCCACAACUUAAAACCCACAAAUGUUGGCAAUGCAAAUUGUUGCGAAUCCCGCAAGUCUUCAAAUGGGAAAUCAAGUAUACGUAGGAUUAAUCCUUAAAAUCAAUUUUGCUUUUUUUUUUACAACUGCCAAAAUGGUAAGACUUGAGGCUUUGAAUUGGUUUUCAAGUGCAUGAUCAAAUGUAGUACUCUCGUGUAAAAGUGAAAAGUGAUUUCUACAGUAACGAUUUCUAGCUAAAUACUCAUUUAACAAUUUAAUAAUUUGGAUGACUCGAAUUGACAAAGCACUUUCAUAGAUUCCUAAUGAUUAUAAUGUUGUGGUCAUUUCUUUAAAUCAGAUUUCCAAUAAAACAUUUUAAUUUAAAUCACACAAUCAUGAGAAUUGAAUUAUUAACUUAUUUGCUGAAGAUUUUCUUUUUAUACUUUUAUUGGCAAGGUGAUUUGGAUUUUUAUAUAUUUUUUUAAUUUGGGGUUUACAAACUUAGUAAUUUGUGAAAAUGAUACGCCACAUAUUCAGCUGAAGCGUAAGUUUUUAUUUUGUCAAUCAACUUCAGUCAGAACAUCAAAAUCCUCUGGACACCCUUGUACAAUUUGCAUAAAUUUACAUAUCACUUCAGAUAAUUGGAAUAGCGGACAAUAUAUUAUUAAAAAACCCUUGAAAUAUUAACAAAAUGUGUUCAGCGUUCCUCAUUAUUAUCCAGUAUAGAGAUUACAAUUAAAAAUAAGGCGCCUUUUAGAAAAGAAAUUAAAGGCGAGGUGUAUUUUGUGUUGUAGAAA